UCUUCUGCAAGCCGGCCGGCCGGAGCAGGUGCGGCGGAGCGGCUGGGAAGCGCAUCGGCGGCGCCUCCGCCAAGAUGUUGGAGAUCCAGCUGGACGAUGGCGGCGUCGGCGGCUACCCGGGGGAUGACUACUGCUCGGGCUCGGUGAUGUCGGAGCGCGUCUCGGGCCUGGCCAACAGCAUCUACCGCGAGUUCGAGCGCCUGAUCCGCUGCUACGACGAGGAGGUGGUGAAGGAGCUGAUGCCGCUGGUGGUGACGGUGCUGGAGAACCUCGACUCGGUGCUGACCGACAACCAGGAGCACGAGGUGGAGCUGGAGCUGCUGCGGGAAGACAACGAGCAGCUGCUCACCCAGUACGAGCGGGAGAAGGCGCUGCGCAAGCAGGCCGAGGAGAAAUUUAUUGAAUUUGAAGAUGCCCUGGAACAGGAAAAGAAAGAAUUGCAGGUUCAGGUGGAACAUCUGGAAUUUCAAACACGGCAGCUGGAGCUGAAGGCCAAGAACUAUGCAGACCAGAUUUCCCGGUUGGAGGAGCGUGAAUCCGAAAUGAAGAAAGAGUACAAUGCUCUACACCAGCGGCAUACAGAGAUGAUCCAAACCUAUGUGGAGCACAUUGAGAGGUCCAAAAUGCAGCAGGUCGCUGGAAAUAGCCAAAACGAGAGUGGUCUAUCUGGGAGAAGCAUGAAGAGGCGUCCAAAUUCUCUGAACAUCCCCCUCACAGAUGAUAUGGUACGUGGGCAGGUGGGGGCCAAGAUUGCCCCCGCAGUGGACCACUGGCACCUGAGUGACCUCAGUCAGCUGCAGUCCAACUCCGUCUACAAGGUUUUUUUACAACUAUCAUGGAAAUGA